AUUGACGGCGUUAGAAUGGCGUACCGUUUGUAUUGUUUUGAUUGUCGUCCCUCUCUUUUGCUCUAUAAAGGGAGGUUUCGCUGCAGCUCUCCUCUUACUCCAACACUUCUCUGCUUUCCUUCCUCUCCGUAUAUCUGCAGAAAACAGAGAGGGAGUGGAGAGAGAAAUAGAGAGACGGCAAUGGCUGAGUUGAAGAGAUUGUCUUGCGUGAGCUUGGCAGUGCUUGUAGUGAUGUUCGUCGGAGCAAUGACGGUCGUGUUCAAGGAUGAGAUCUCUGCUGCAAGGGAUGUGGUAACAGAGCAUUUGCAGAGCUCAAACAACUCAACUAUGUCGGCGAGGUUGGAAGAUGUUGAUGAGGUACCAAAUAAACAUGCAGUUGCUUAUGCAGAGGAGGUUGUGGCCAUGGUUGAGAUGGGCAUCCGCAAUGCCACUGAAAGGAGGAAGCUAGGCUAUUUCUCUUGCGGAACUGGGAAUCCAAUUGAUGAUUGCUGGCGCUGUGACCCCAACUGGCAGCGCAACCGCAAGCGCCUUGCGGACUGUGGCAUUGGCUUUGGUAGGAAUGCCAUUGGUGGCCGUGAUGGCCGCUUCUAUGUUGUUACUGAUCCCAGUGAUAAUGACGCUGUCAACCCAAGGCCCGGAACUCUGCGCCAUGCUGUGAUCCAGGACGAGCCCCUCUGGAUUGUGUUCAAGAGGGACAUGGUCAUACAAUUGAAGCAGGAACUCAUCGUCAACAGCUUUAAAACCAUUGAUGGACGUGGAUCCCAUGUCCACAUUGCUAAUGGAGGGUGCAUCACCAUCCAGUAUGUUACAAAUGUUAUCAUCCACGGUCUCCACAUUCAUGACUGCAAGCCUACUGGCAAUGCCAUGGUCAGGAGCUCUCCAAGUCACUUUGGGUGGAGGACAAUGGCUGAUGGUGAUGCCGUCUCCAUCUUUGGAUCAAGCCACAUCUGGGUUGACCACAAUUCACUUUCCCACUGCGCUGAUGGCCUUGUUGAUGCUGUCAUGGGUUCAACUGCCAUUACUAUCUCCAACAACCACAUGACCCAUCAUAAUGAGGUGAUGCUAUUGGGUCACAGUGAUUCUUAUACAAGAGACAAGGCAAUGCAAGUGACAAUUGCAUAUAACCAUUUUGGACAAGGACUUAUCCAGAGAAUGCCAAGGUGCAGGCAUGGAUACUUCCAUGUGGUGAACAAUGACUAUACUCACUGGGAAAUGUAUGCAAUUGGUGGAAGUGCAAACCCAACCAUCAAUAGCCAAGGCAACAGAUACAAUGCUCCAUUCAACUCCUUCGCAAAGGAGGUGACAAAGAGAGUUGAUACUGAUACAAACCAAUGGAAGGGCUGGAAUUGGAGAUCAGAGGGAGACCUGUUGCUGAAUGGUGCAUACUUCACCCCAUCUGGAGCUGGAGCGUCAGCUAGCUAUGCUCGAGCUUCAAGCUUGGGUGCCAAGUCUUCUUCCAUGGUUGGCUCCAUGACAUCCAAUGCCGGUGCCCUUGGCUGCCGCAGAGGCCGUACCUGCUAGUAACACAGUCAAUUAAGGUGGCCAAAAAACGUCAGGCCAUUUUCAACAAUUGUUUUUUUUUUUUUUUUUUUGGUUUUGUUUCAAUUUUUACUAUUAUAUAGAAUGCCCAAUAUUCAUAUUCCAGCCUUUUUACCUCCCCUAAAACCACCAAUGAUCAUCUUCUCAUUAUCUGAUAUAUUGGCAAGUGUACAUUUUUUGCACAAGUCAUUAUAUUGUCAGUCACACUCAUACCCCAGUUCCCUGUUUGUGAAUCUGUCAUUUUGCUCAACCUCGGCCUGCUUCAAGUAAGAAUGAAAAACCAUUGUCAUUGUUGUGGGCAUGCAGGUGCAGAAGCGUUGUUCAGUUGUCUCAUUCUUCAUAUUUCGCCCUUAUCAACUUCAUCCCAUAUCAUCUACCCACCCCACCAUUUGUGAGUCCAUUUGUCUGCUGGUGCCAAUCUUGGUUUCUCUACACCGUCAUGUCUUUAGGUUUAUAGGAUUUGAAAGAUAUUUGUGAUUUUCUUUUUUUCCUUUUUUGGUUUGUUUUUGUGUAGUCAUACAAGCAAAUAGUAUGAAUGUCAAACCCGGAUCAUGGAGGAAAACUUUGUUACAGAUGAUGCGUUGCAUAGAAAUAUCAGUGAUGUUCUUUACCCUUU